GAAUUGUACUUUUUUUUAAUAUUUUUUUUUUUUUUAUAUUAUUGAUAAAGUAAUCUGUACAAAAACUUCGAAGCUGCCAGUUCUUUCUCUGCUCGUGUUGCUUCUUGUACUGUAAACAACCCUCCUCUUCGGGGUCUUUUUUUCAUAUUUUAUAUUUUUUUUUUCUCAUUUCCUAUUUACAAUACAUAUUUGUCUCUUCUCAGCUGGGCAUCAAGAGACAAAUAACCUGAUCUUGCCCCUCCCCCUGCAUCUUCUAUUUGCUUGAUGCUCAUGUCGCCCGCAGCGCAUCCCCCUCCUUCAUGAGCGGCAACCCUACGCGUAAACAAAAAAAAAAAAAAAAAUCAAAAUCAAAUGUACACUUACACUAGCGAUCUUCAGAUUAUCGCGCUCAGCGGCUAUCUCGGUUUUUAUUUUACUCGCGUCUCAUCUUAGCCCAUUGUAUAGCUAGUCUGCCAACUAACUUGGCAUGCAAACCAUUGUCCUGAAUGCAUCUAGAUCAGAAAUUCCCCAGAGCCGUAUUCAUCAUAAGUUGGGGAGUCGCAAGUUCUGCCUCACCUCCUGGACUCUUCUCGUUAUCCGCAAAGAAACCGGUAUACACGCCUUCGUCCGACCAGCGUCCUCCGUGAACCUCGACUCUUAGGCCGCGGUCUUCCUUUCUUCCCCUGCGGACAUCCCAUCCGAGUCGUCCAGGGGACGCUACUAUAAACAAUGGCGUGGGAUCACCUCUCUAUCACCAAACCCCAUUUGGUGUAUAUCAUAUUGGGAGGGUUCACUUCACUUUUCAUGCUUUGUUCUUCCGUCAUCAAGGAGCGCAUGUACAUUGGUGAGGCGACAGUCGCCACCGUCUGUGGUGUCAUUUUCGGUCCUCAUGCUGCAAAUCUGAUAGAUCCCGCGUCGUGGGGGAACGUCGACGAGAUCACCCUUGAGUUUUCCCGAAUUGUCUUGGUCGUCCAAUGUUUUGCGGUCGGAGUAGAACUGCCGAGAUAUUAUAUGGAGAAGCACUGGAAAUCCGUGGUAUUCUUACUCCUUCCUGUCAUGACCUUUGGGUGGCUCAUUACAAGUUUGAUCGUCUGGUGGAUGUUCCCGGUCUUAUCUUGGCUUGAGAGCUUGGUUGUCGCAGCCUGCGUCACCGCUACGGAUCCCGUUCUUGCUUCAUCAGUUGUUGGUAAGGGCAAAUUUGCGAAACGAGUACCGAAGCAUCUGAGAGAUCUACUCUCUGCCGAAUCCGGUUGCAACGAUGGCAUGGCCUUCCCGUUCAUUUACCUUUCCCUGUAUCUGCUACAGGAACACUUGGACGCCAAGCAGACAACCUACCAUUGGCUUGUCUAUACUGUUCUUUACGAGUGUAUUUUCGGUGCCGUGUACGGAUUUCUAAUAGGGUAUAUCGCACGACAUGGCAUUAAAUAUGCUGAAAGACACGACUUAAUCGACCGUGAGAGUUUCCUUGUCUUCUACUUUACCUUGGCCCUAUUCUGCGCAGGUUCGGGUAGUAUUUUAGGCACGGACGACUUACUUGUCGGAUUUGCUGCGGGCGUCGGCUUCUCAAACGAUGGUUGGUUUAGCGAGAAGACAGAAGAAUCGCAUGUGUCAAACGUUAUUGAUCUGCUACUCAACUUGGCUUACUUCGUCUAUCUCGGGACUAUUAUUCCCUGGGAGCAGUACAAUAACGUGGAUAUUGGCCUUUCCGCCUGGAGGCUAGUUGUUAUGGCCAUUUUUGUCAUCCUUUUCCGCCGAAUUCCAAUUAUGAUGUUGCUAAAACCAUUCAUCCCCGAUGUUAAAACGUGGCGAGAAGCUCUGUUCGCCGGACAUUUCGGUCCAAUCGGCGUAGGUGCUAUCUUUGUUGCCCUACUUGCUCGAGCCGAAUUGGAGACUGAACAUACAAUUCCCGAACCAGAAUUGCCGCCGAAGGGUGCCGAGUUCUACAAUGUUAUUCUUCUAGUGUGGCCUAUCGUCACUUUUAUGGUGAUUUCCUCCAUUAUUGUUCAUGGUUCUUCGGUGGCGGUGUUCACCUUAGGCAAGCGUAUCAACACUUUAUCACUCACCAUGUCAUUUACUACUGCUACAGAAGAAGGGCCUGCUUGGAUGAGUCGCUUACCACGGAUAUCAUCACAAUCACGAUCACAAGCUCGAACAAUGUCGGAUACAGAUUAUGAGGAGAAGAUGCCUGAGUUUCCUCCUGGCACGCUACCCCCAACUGGGAUGCCUGGGCAGUUCCUGCGUAGGCAGCGUGAGGAAGACAACCCCAGUCGGGCUGGGAGUAGAGCUUCUUCUCGGCGCCGCGGCAGAAAGAGGUGGGAUGAUGGUAUUGGGCCUGGUGGACCUGUAAGCCAGUCUGCCAUCUACCCCCAGAAACGGAGCCCAAGUGAAGUAGUAGAGCCAAUGUCACCAUCCGAAUAUGUACAGCCUACUUCUCCAAGGCAAGAAAGCCCCAGUUCACCGUCAGAUGAUCUGCACGAGAAAGAUGGUGAGAAGGACACCGAGAAGACCAUGACCGUAACGAAGGAGGCUCGGUCAGGGCCUGAGAGAGGCCAUGGGCAGCCAUCUAGAGGUCACCAGCACGAAGAACUAGAAGUGUUUGAUGAGGGCGACCAUAUUAUAAUCGAGGAUCACGACGGCCAAGUGCUCGCAGUUGAGGAGACAGGACGCCAGCCGAUUCAGGAUCUGAACAAAGUCAUGGAAAAGGCCAAAACUGCGACUCAAAGGCCCGGAUGGACAUACGAUUCACUGAAGAAGAGCAUUGGAAAAUGGCGUGAAGAAGAGGCCCAGAAACGUAAAGAUAAGGCAAAGAUUGAGCGAAAGCAUGAGCCAGCUCGAGCAUACCAAUUUGGCAACACGAUUAUUGUGGAAGACGAAGAUGGAGAGGUCGUCAGAAAGUAUGAUCUUCCUACCGAUCGAGGUGAAGGUAAAGACUACGUGGCUACCAGUUUGAAAUAUAUGGGAAUGGGCGGUCUGGUCAAGCCGAGCGAUAAAGGAGCACCCAAGACUGAGGCGUCAUCCGAACAAGGGCCUUCCCAGACUGGCAGUGGCAAACCUGGAGAUAAGACGAAGGCUGGAGGGUGGCCAGGAUUCAAUCGUGGAGGUGCUGCUGACCAGAGAAGGAAAGACGCCGCUGUUCCCGCUAAAAAGAGCGCAGAAGAGGAUCGAGGGAUCCGGUUCACGAUCGGUGGUGUUGGACAACGCAUGACCAAGGAUGAUUUCCUCAAAGAGGUGCGAAAAUUGGAUGCUAAAACCCGCCGCGAGGUAGUAGACCAGUCCAAUGCAGAUCCGGCGGUGAAAUCGAUGGCAAGAGAAGCACCUGGUGCAAGCGCAGGCCGACGACCCCAGACCCAGACAACAGUCAACCCCCGGAUUAGUGUGACUCAGGCGAGCGAUAGCAGUACUCGGGACACUAGUAAAUCCCCUUCUCGGCCCGAGUCUACUCGUGGACGCAGCCCAACGACAGAGCCAGAGCAGGCUCCUACUUCGAACACACCCGAAACCGCGGCUGAGAGAAGGCGAAGAUUAGCAGCGUUCGCUAGUGUCCGUGAGGACAACGAUCUUGGGGAGACACCGGCAGAGAGGAGAAGGAGAGAGGCCGCGUUAGGGGUGGACAACGGCAGGGCAGACAGCGAUAGCGAAGAUGAUGAUACCCCUAGAGUACCGCCCGCAAGACGAGGGAUAAGAUUUGCAGACUCCCCGCCCAACAAGGGCUGAGGCACACGCUUCAUGAGACAUGGUUUGAUUUUAUUUCCGGGUUAUGAGGAUAUGCUGCUUGGAAUAGCGGAAAGUAAGCACUACUUUGAUCGGUUUUAUGAGAUAGAGUAUAUAGGUUAGGUAUAUAUCCUUUUUCGUCUAGAGGAGGAUGUCUUUAAUUCAUCAGUGUUAAUAUAUUUAUUACGACUGCAUAACUGAGCAUGGUAGGAUUCAUAAGAGGGACUCGGGAGUUACUGAUUGUAUUAUUAAACAGGUGUACGAAGUAUUGCAAUUUGAUACCUCAGCUCAAGACUCGAAUGACGUCACCCUCAAGUCCUUACCUAACCUAUCCUAGGUUAGGUGCCUGUAAGGUACUUCGUACCUGACCAAACAGUCGUUUGGAGGGGUAACUUGAACUAUAUGCAUUUAAACG